AUGCUGAAGGCAAGUGCCGCUACAAGUACUACACAUGUGAUUCUUGCGGAGAAAAAGGACACCUCAAAGUUAGCUGAGGACUCGAUGGCGACUGCCUUACGAGCCGAGUUCCCCGAGGUGUUCGCAGACGGCUUAGGCACAUUCAAGUCGCGCAUACGUUUGUCUUUAAAGGACGAUAGUCCGGUAUUCGUAAAGGCGCGGCCCCUACCGCUGGCAGUGCGUGCUCGGGUAGAGGACGAGCUCGGUCGCCUGCAGCGGGAGGGUGUUAUAUACAAAGUUGAUAGAUCUGAUUACGGAACGCCGAUUGUACCCAUUAUUAAAGCUAUCGGGGGAAUUCGCAUAUGCGGUGACUACAAGGUCACUAUUAAUCCACGUUUAAAAGACUUCCAUUAUCCGCUGCCACGGAUUGAGGAACUGUUUGCCGUACUGGGCGGUGGCGAACAGUUCACGAAGCUAGAUCUCUCCAACGCUUUCCAACAGUGUGUUUUAGAGGAAGACUCUCAGCCGAUGACGGCGAUCACCACUCACGUCGGCACUUUUAUUUAUAGACGCGUCCCAUUUGGAAUAAAAUGUAUUCCAGAGAAUUUUCAAAAAAUAAUGGAGGAAACCUUGAGUGGCUUGCCGUCUACGGCGGUCUUCGCAGAUGACAUGAAGCAGAUCGCCCGCAACUACGUGUGGUGGGGGUCUAUAGACGGAGACAUCGAGCGCACUUGCGAGAGUUCAAUAAACCAGUCUGUUCUGAAUCUC